ACUGCGGGGGAGUUAAUCGUCCUCCGAGCAGGCUGGUGGACGUACAUGCCCACCGGACUGCAGGGGCGAGCGCCAUGAUCCGUGCGUCAUGAGAAAUCAGGUCGAUCCUGAAUAGUUGAGGUUUCACCCGCUGUGAACAUUAUCCUCUUCUCUUUCAUGCCGACAUGUGUUGAAAUACGGCAUAUCACACAGGAAAACGUAAAGUGAACAGGUGAUAGGUCUACCAACUCCCAGUCACCGGUUAUUCAUGGUUGAAAAGCUGAGCCAGCGAUAGAACACGGAGUAUGCGUAGAAUAUGAAUACUGUAUUAGCACAUGUGUCUAUCCAAGUUUAUGCAGGAAAGUGUAGGCCAACUGUAUAGGCCUGGUGCAUAGGUUGUUCCUGUAUUUGAAAAUAAUGGACCGCUGGAAGGAUCGAGUUGCUUUGGUGACUGGAGCCUCUGGUUCUAUUGGCUUGGCCAUAGCUAGAACGCUUGCAAUGCAUGGAAUGCAAGUGGUGAUAUGCGGAAGGAACUUUGAAAAAUUGAAGGAGGUAGCAGAAGAAUUGAACCAGUAUGGUUCCGGUUCCGUUUAUGGCUGCGACAUCACUCAAGAAGAUGAGAUUCUGGCCAUGUUCGAGAAGGUCAAUGACAAAUAUGGCGGCGUUGACGUCAUGAUCAAUGCAGCGGGAUUAGCCAAUGGUGCAGCACUUACCACCGGCAAGACUUCUGAUUGGAAGAGAAUGAUAGAUGUGAAUAUUCUUGGAGCAGCAAUCUGCUCAAGAGAAGCAAUAAAUUCCAUGAAGAGGUUUGACGCAGACGAUGGGCAUAUCAUAAACAUCAACGGUCUGAGUGGCCACCGAGUUGAACAAAACGCUUCGACACAUUUCUAUGCAGCAACAAAAUUCGCACUGACCGCUAUGACGGAAGGACUGCGGCAGGAAUUGAGAGAUAAGAGGUCGCACAUUAAGGUUUCGCAAAUAUCACCGGGAGUAGUACAAAAUGAAUUCCUAGGCGGAAGAACUCCAUUAGAGUCAAACUCGUAUAAGGCGAUUGAGGGCCAAGACGUUGCCGAUAUAGUGCGAUCCAUCCUCUCUACACCGCCUCACGUCCAGAUCCACGAUGUUUUGGUGCGCCCACUAGAUCAGAGUCACUAAAGAAUCCCGUUCCAGCUCCCCUCGUGGGUUCCACUGACUCCUGUCAUCCAAGCUCAACAAUUUGUUGCAACCACUGAUCUAUAGACUGAACUCAUCCAGUCAAUAGAGCUUAUUAAAAUGUCAAGUUGUGGUUAAUACAUGGCUGGGAUUAAAUGGAUGAAAGAGGAAUUAAUUCUCGAUCUGUGGUUAAUUCUAAAUCUACUGAGUCAGGUCAUCACAGAAAUAUGCUUUUUGAUAAUAUAUUCAAGAAAAUGAGGUCUUACUGGUCAGUUUAGAACUUGUCAUUUUUUCUCAGGCUGGCAUUGGAAUGUUGUAAAUUUUUAUUAUGAUAUUGGUAAAGGGUUCUUCUUAACACAUAUAAUAUUUCGUGAGGAUUGACCAGUGAUGUUGGUGGCAUGCGAUAAAAGUUGUAUAUCAAGUUCAAAAUUCUGAAACAUUUUCAAAGUCAAAUUUUUUUUGGGCCUGAUGAUGCUUCUUAAUUUUGAGCAGAAAAAAAUAAGUGAAAAAAAUAUUUGGACUUAAAAAUUUGUUCAUCCUUCAGAGUUGAAUUUUUUCAUAAGUUCGAAAUUCCGAAAGAUUUUCAAAGCCAAAAAAUUCUGGUACUGAUGAUGGUCCUUCAUUUUGUGCAGAAAAAAACAAGUCAAAAAAAUAUUUUGCCUUAAAUAGUUUUUCAACCUUCAGUCUGGGUACUGAUUACCGGGUUGGUCGUGUUACCGGGUUUCCACUGUAUUCUGGUUCGGAAUUUAGUGACGGGAACACAAUGUUCAGUAGAACCCCCCUAUUAAGGACCCCCUUGGGACUGACAAAUGCUGUCCUUAUUUGAGAGGUGUCCUGAUUACAGAGGUUCAUUUCAAUUGAAACAACCACUUUGAGACCAAAUGCUAUGUCCUUAAUAGCUCAGGGAGGUUCCAUUGUACAUAUGUAAUUCUUUUUAUUACCAAAAAUCGUCAAAGAAACACUUCUCUGUUAACGCGCCAACAUGAAUAUCCAUACUGAAUUGUGAAGUCGUCUAAAAAAGUAACUGAGUUGAUAUACAAUGUACAUAUAUAUAUAAGUUUAUUUGUCUGGCGAUUAUUUCCAUUCCCGUACCGGCAUGGACGCUAUGAAGAAGUGGUCAGCUGCGCAGCGGAGGGUCGAGGAGGCCUCGUUGAUUUAGCCGAGGCAAGCCAUACAUUUUCAGUGCGUACAGUGGAGGCACUGUCCAUACCGAGCGCUCUGGUAUUCCUUAUUAUUCACGAGGCUCGAGGUUACCCAUCUGUGUCAAUAACACUCGACUGGACACCGGAAGCCGUCGCCCCUACCAGUCUCUGUAAUAAAUGAGUGGAGGAGACUGGUGAAAGAGUCUUGUUUAAGGGCGGCUGGAAUUUUCGAGCCUCUUGGGCGGGUUUAACUGGUUUGGACUAAAUCUAGAGCCCAAUACGCCGAUAAUAAUGAUUUUCUGUGUUGAAUUCUGGUAAAAAAAGGCCAUUAUAGUCAUCGGCAGAUAAAAUUGCGCUAGACAUAUUUACAUAUGGGUUAAUGACGACACGAAUGGGUUUGCUAUAUAUUCGACGCAUCAUACAUGUAGCUGUUUAGUUUGUAACAACCGGGUGUUGGUCCAUUAGACUAGAUAGCUCCCUGACCAGUCUUAUCGGAACAACCUGAGGAAUGGACAAGACGUAUCGUGUGGUUGCCCUCGCGGCUAUUUUGUUAAUCUUUGGACUGGGCGAAUCCACGGCUAACACCAGAGAAGACGCUUGUAGGGAUGUUAGAUGCGGUGUGGGUGAACGAUGCGAAGGAGUGUUUUCGUGUUGGCCAAGACCAUGCGAGGGAAACUACAUCCCAAGAUGCGUUCCCAAUUACAGUUACCCUAUCUGCAAUCUGCCUGCGAGAACCGGGCGAUGCUACGCCCAUUUCCGACUGUUUUACUACAACAGAACAAAAGGUGAAUGUUUGCCUUUCACGUACGGAGGAUGCGAUGGGAACGGAAACAGAUUCGACUCGAAGGCGGACUGUGAGGCAAGGUGUCCCCGUCGUACACGAUAAUCAUGCCAACCCUUCGGCGUUGUGCAUCAGCACCACUCCUAUUACGCGGAGGCUUUUGGAUUUACGCACAUAUACACCGCCGAUAUAAACCGGCAUGACGACAUUAAUGGGCUAAUGCGGAUGGUACAUCUUUGACUGCGGUUUAUUAGUUAACCACCUUUGGGAAAGACUGUUGAAGGAGGCGCGACGAAUAAGCUGAAAGUGAAGGAAGGUGUGUCCAAUGUUAUACCUGGUACCUCGUUUAUACAAUGUCCAUGAGCUUUAGGACCACACAUGUAAUGUAAUAUUCCUCCUAAAUAAAUUGUUCUAUAAAACAAUA